AUGAACCCAUUCAACAAUGCUGGCUCUUUGCCAAUCCACACUGCCACAUCCCAAAUCUCCAUUGUGGAUGUCUUUUUUCCCGGCUUCACUGGCAUCUCUGUGUCCAUUCAGCAACUCCUAGCUAGUGACCUGAACAGCUAUGCUCACCUUCUGUGCUUCUGCAGCAUGCUCCUGUUCUUGGGUAGAUAUGCCGUCCGUUACUUGACGGACUUGAUGGAGACCUAUUUCACUUCGACCGUCCACGUCUCCUACUACAACGAAGCGUACGACAUGCUCAUCGCCUGGGUAUCCACUCAGCCCUUCGCCCAUAAGGCUCACUCCUCUCUCGCAAGUAUCGGCGGCAUGCAAAGAAGAGCAUAUGCUGAUGAUCUUUCAAAUGAGUACAAGAAAAAACCUUUGCGCUUUUCACCUUGGAAUGGAUCAUUCUUAUUCGUGUACAAGAACCAUCUGCUCCGGUUCCAGUGUGUGGCAAAAGAGACCAAAGAAGAGAUCUCCAUUUUCUGCAUUGGCGGAUCUUCACAAAUUCUGAGAGCACUCCUGAUCUUUGAGCAUCAUGAUGGUGAAUGGAGGAAGGCGAAGGCAAGAGACAUCAGACCAAUCUCGACAGUCAUCAUGGAUGAGGGCGAGAAAACGGCCCUGUUGAAAGAUAUCGAGGAUUUCCUGGACGAGCGAGCUCGGGGCUGCAUCGACGACAGCCGCCUAAACAGUUUGUUUGCCCAGCUUCCCCCGCAUUGUGUCAUUCUCUUAGAAGAUAUCGAUGCUGCUAGUACUGCACGAACGGAAGACAGUGAAACGAUGAAAAACACUGGCCAGGCCGCGGUAGGCUCUUCACAGAAGAGCAAGUCUCAGAGAAAUGUAUCUCUGUCCGCGCUUCUUAAUGCUCUGGAUGGCGUGUCUUCGCAGGAAGGUCGAUUGCUGAUUACGAUGACAAAUCACAUCGAGCGUUUGGAUGACGCACUCAUCCGCCCUGGCCGCGUGGAUAGACAGGUUUUGUUUCAGCUCACUGAUCACAAAAUGAGUUCUCGUCUUUUCUGCACGGUUUUCAAGUGGUCAGAUGGGGAUCAGCGCACUACAGGAAAGGAGUUCGAUGAUGAAACAAUUGAGGGACUUGCAGAUGAGUUUGCCGCCAAGGUUCCAGACCAGGUAUUCAGCCCAGCUGAGAUCCUGCUAUCGUUCCUGCUUGAACGCAAGCAGUCGCCUACCGACGCAGUGGCUGAUGUGGAGAAUUGGGUUGCCAAAACCAGCAAAGAAAGGGGAAAGGUGAAGAAUUACGCCAGAGCACGAGCAUUGCCAACCCCACUGACUCUUUUCGAGGAUCUUGCGGAGAGUUCCCAGGUUCCCAAUGCUUGA